AUGGAUGAUAAUACGCCCUUUUCACAAGAAUCAUGGGAAGAAGACCUCCUCCAAUUUUUAACACUUAAUCGACUCCCACUUCACCUUAUUGAGCAUCCCUCGCUCCGGCGUCUGAUUUCUCGGGCUCGCUGCGCCCCAAGCCUACCAAUAAUCCCCUCUGCCGAUACAAUCCGCCGCCGAUUAACAAGCAUUGUUAAAGACCGGCAAGAAGGCAUACUUCGGAGAUUACCAGUUGGCUCAAAGAUAUCAAUUGCGCUUGAUUGUUGGACGUCUCCCUAUUCGCAGUCGUUUAUGGCAAUCACAGGCUAUUUUAUUGAUGCUGAUUGGAGGUACCAUGAGGUACUUCUUGGCUUUAAGCCAGUUUAUGGUUCGCAUACAGGUGCGAAUCUAAGUGGUGUGCUCCUUCAAACUCUUAUGGAGCAUAAUAUUAAAGGCCGAGUGUUUGGAAUCACCACGGAUAACGCAUCGAAUAAUAAGACUUUGGUUACUUCUCUCCAGCAGGCUCUCGCAGAUGAUGUGAUUCUUCCUCGAAUUCCAUGCCUUGCUCACGUUAUCCAGCUCAGUCUCCAGCAGCUUCUUGGCCGUAUCAAGGCAAAUCCAUUAAAUGAGUCAGCCGAGACAAAGUGGACAGAGAAGCAGUCAAGACUGGCAAAGCUUAACGCGCAGCACCAAGUACGUGAGAUUUCCUAUACCUUGAAUAAGGUCCGCUUUCUCGCUAUCUACGUCAAUGCGAGUCCUCAGCGCCGGGAAAUAUUCUAUAAUCUCCAGACAACAGACGUGAAGCUAGUGCCUAUCCAAGAUGUGAAAACUCGAUGGAAUUCAACCUUCUUGAUGCUUCGCCGGGCAAAGCGUCUACGUGAUAUCUUUGCCCCAUUCUAUACGGAGUACGACUGCGAGGAGAUGCUACUAAAUGACGAAGAGUGGCGCCAAGUUGACUAUCUUCUUUGCAUUACUGAGCCUUUCUUUGAUUAUACAACUCAACUGUCAAAGACUCGUGAUGUCACAGCGCAUUAUAUCUUCAAGAUUUAUAAUAAGCUCUUUGAACACCUUGAACAGUCAAUGAAACAGCUACGACGAAAGCGCGUUCCAUGGAAGCAAGAGAUGCUCCACGCGCUAGAAGCUGGUCGGGUUAAGCUUGAUGAAUAUUACUCUCAAACUGGUGGUAUUCAAGGACAUCUCUACGCUAUCAGCACAAUGCUUGCGCCUGUGAACAAGUUUAAAUUCUUCCUAACAAACGAUUGGGAUCAGGAAUGGCGCGAUACGUAUCGCAACUCCUUCCAACAGGCACUUAUUCCAUACCAAGAGCAACUCUCAACGCUUAGCCAGUCCUUAGAUAGAACCCGCCCGGUUGUUCAAUUAAGCUCAAAGCUUAAUAAAAUGUUAGAUGAAAGUAUAGCACAACCAGAGACAGCGACUAAUGAAAUCACCCAGUAUCUUGAUAGUGAUACUAUUCAUCUUAGGCCUCUUGCCUUCUGGAGAGAGCACCAAACUCGCUUUCCAGCAAUUGCUGCCCUUGCACGGGAUACACUUUCCUUCCCGGCAACAGGUGCAGGUGUUGAACGACUCUUUAAUACUGCUCGGGAUAUCUGUCAUUAUCGUCGAGGGAGACAAAAGAAGCAGACAAUUGAAGAGCUAAUGAUGUUUCUUUGUACUUCAAGGUUUGAUAUUGAAGAGAAGGAGGCGAAGUAUCUAGAGAAAUUCUUCUCUCAUAUCGAGAUAGAAACAGCGAAGGAAGAGAAAGAUGAUAAGCUUGAGGAGGUGGAAUUUGACUUGAUUAGUGAUACUGAGGAGGCAGACGAGGAGACAAGUGAUCAUGUACAGCUAGAUGAGGUAGAUGAGCCCCAGCUUCCGGCACCUGAGAAUAGUACCCAGGUACGGGCAUCAGGACGGAAACGUAAGGCUCGAGAGGAUGAGGUCUUUGAGUAUUACUCAAAAUGA